UCUUGGUUAUGUUCAAAAAGUAGUUUUAUUAUUAUUGUGAUGGAGUGUUAAUUUUUUUUCUGUAACUAACAAGAAAUUGUUUCCGAGAAAGAACUACAAAAAUCGUUUAAAGGUUUUUUGUACUGGGAAUGACUCAUAUUAUCGUUGACAAUAACGCUUUGAGCGAGUUAGUUCGUCAAAAUAUCAUCUCUUUCUCAGCCCUGGCGGAACUAGCUCAUCACGAGUACCAAAAUGGCGACUACGAGCACGCCGAACAACACUGCAUGCUCCUUUGGCGUACUGAUCCUACGAACACUGGUGUUCUACUUCUGCUUAGUUCCAUUCAUUUUCAAUGCCGGCGUCUAGACAAAUCAGCAUAUUUUAGUCAACUGGCCAUUAAACAAGAUCCAAUGCUGGCAGAGGCAUAUUCAAACUUGGGCAAUGUUUACAAGGAGAGAGGACAGCUGGUUGAAGCACUAGCUCACUAUCGACAUGCAGUUAGGUUAAAACCGGACUUCACUGAUGGCUACAUCAAUUUGUCUGCUGCUCUUGUGGCAGCUGGAGAAUUAGAAGCAGCUGUUCAGACCUACAUAACAGCUCUUAACUACAAUCCUGACUUAUACUGUGUUCGUAGUGAUCUUGGUAAUCUUUUAAAGGCACUUGGACGACUUGAUGAAGCUAAGGCCUGUUACUUAAAAGCCAUUGAAACCCAGCCUGGAUUUGCUGUGGCCUGGAGUAAUCUGGGUUGUGUUUUCAAUGCCCAGGGUGAAAUCUGGCUGGCUAUUCAUCAUUUUGAAAAGGCUGUUACAUUGGACCCGAAUUUUACUGAUGCAUAUAUUAAUCUUGGUAAUGUCCUGAAGGAAGCCAGAAUAUUUGAAAGGGCAGUCUCUGCGUAUCUGAGAGCACUGGCAUUGAAUCCUAACCAUGCAGUUGUGCAUGGAAAUCUGGCCUGUGUCUAUUACGAACAAGGUUUAAUAGAUAUGGCAAUAGAUGCAUACAGGCAGGCUAUCGAGUUGCAGCCAAACUUCCCAGACGCCUACUGCAACCUGGCCAAUGCCCUGAAAGAGAAAGGUCUCGUGAAGGAAGCCGAGGAGUGUUACGAUACUGCACUCAAUCUCUGCCCUAAUCACGCUGAUUCUCUCAAUAAUUUGGCUAACAUUAAAAGGGAGCAAGGAUUUACUGAGGAGGCUGUGGCACUUUACUGCAAGGCUCUUGAGAUCUAUCCAGAAUUUGCAGUUGCCCACUCAAAUCUGGCUAGUGUACUUCAACAGCAAGGAAAGUUACAAGAGGCCCUGAUGCACUAUAAGGAGGCUAUUCGUAUAUCUCCUACAUUUGCUGAUGCCUAUUCCAACAUGGGAAAUACGUUAAAGGAGAUGCAGGACGUACAGACGGCCAUGCAAUGUUAUGCACGAGCUAUUCAGAUCAACCCUGGAUUUGCUGAUGCCCACAGCAACCUGGCCUCCAUACAUAAAGAUUCGGGCAACGUUCAGGAAGCCAUUGCCUCCUACCACACAGCCCUCAAAUUAAAACCCGAUUUUCCUGAUGCUUUUUGUAACCUGGCUCACUGUUUACAGAUUGUUUGUGACUGGUCAGACUAUGAUAGUCGUAUGAAGAAGUUAGUUAACAUAGUACAAGAUCAACUGGAUAAGAACAGGCUACCUUCAGUUCAUCCACAUCAUAGUAUGCUAUAUCCACUCAAUCACUCACAAAGGAAAGGUAUUGCUGCUAGACAUGCUGCUCUCUGUCUCGAAAAGAUAAGCAUCUUGCAUAAGGAGCCCUACGUGUUUCCAAAAGAUUUGUCAUCAAGUGGGGGUCGUCUCCGAAUUGGAUACGUCAGUUCUGAUUUUGGGAAUCAUCCAACUUCACACCUCAUGCAGUCCGUUCCUGGGUUUCAUGACAGGGAAAAAGUUGAGGUUUUCUGUUAUUCGCUAAGCCCUGAUGAUGGAACGACAUUCAGAGGAAAAGUUAGCUCAGAGGCUGAACACUUUAUCGAUCUGUCUAAGUACCCAUGCAAUGGCAAGGCAGCAGAUCUUAUACAUGAAGAUGGGAUCCACGUGCUGGUCAAUAUGAAUGGCUACACCAAGGGAGCUCGUAAUGAAAUCUUUGCCCUUAAACCUGCGCCGAUACAGGUGAUGUGGCUUGGCUAUCCAGGUACAAGUGGUGCUUCAUUCAUGGAUUACAUCGUGACUGAUGCCACAACUUCACCACUUGAGAACGCUGAAGAGCAGUACUCUGAGAAGUUGGCUUACAUGGCUAAAACAUUCUUUAUAGGUGAUCACCGCCAAAUGUUCAAGCACAUGACAAAAAAAGCUAUACUGACUACAAAGGAAAAAAAUGAAACCAGAGAUAACAUCAUGCUUGUCAAUGCCAUGGAUUUUACACCUCUCAGAGCCUUAGGGACUGUUAAGGAGGUUAAACAAGUUUGCUGGUCAGAUAAGGAGAGAGGAUCUGGUGACUCGAGCACACCUGAAGUUGUCACUGAGGUCAUCGAGCUGCCCACACUAGAACCAAUCUUGUCCAUGAUUGAAAAUGGUCAGCCUCAGUGCACUAUCGAUGAGGUUGUCAUUCAAAAUGGAGUCACCACCAAUCAGACAAAUAACAAGUGCGCUAGUGGAGAGCAGACCCAAUCUGCUAUCAUUGUGAGUGCCAGGAAACAAUAUGGACUGCCGGAUGAUGCGAUUGUCUACUGCAAUUUCAAUCAACUCUACAAAAUAGACCCUCCAACACUGGACAUGUGGAUGAACAUAUUGAAGGCAGUUCCUAACAGUGUUCUCUGGUUGCUGAGAUUUCCAGCUGUCGGUGAGCCAAAUGUUCAUCAGACUGCUAUCAAUAAGGGCAUUGCACCUGAGAGAGUUAUAUUCUCCCCUGUUGCUCCUAAGGAGGAGCAUGUAAGGAGAGGUCAACUGGCUGACAUCUGCUUGGACACACCCAUCUGCAAUGGUCACACAACUGGAAUGGAUGUCUUGUGGGCUGGAACUCCAAUGGUUUCAUUACCAUGUGAUACGUUGGCAUCUCGUGUUGCCUCAUCUCAACUGAUGACCCUCGGCUGUCCUGAACUGGUCGCCAAGGACAGGCCGGAUUACGAGAGGAUUGCUAUCAAACUGGGAACAGAUAUGGAAUUUUUACUAAAAAUGCGGGCAAAAGUCUGGUUUUUAAGGACGGCCAGUGAAUUAUUUGACGUACAAGCCUACACUGCCUGUAUGACGAUUGUGCCUAUUAGUGACGGAGCUGUUCUGUUUGUGUCUGUCUGUAUGUGCGCGCGCGCGUUUUUUUUGUACACUUUUUUGCGUAUGCCUAUGUGUGUAUGUAAAUAAGUAUGUGUGGGUAUGAUUGCUUAAUUAAUAUUUCUAUUAUAAGAUAGGUGUCAUAUUUUAUAUAUAUAUAUAUAUAUAUAUAUUAUAUAUAUAUAUGUAAACGCUAAUUAUGUUUAUAUAUAUAUCGCUAUUUUAUAUGAAUAAUAAUAGAAUAAUCUGAAUUAAUAAAAUUUUAUAAAAAAAAAAGUUGAUUAAAUGUUGGCUCUUAAUUUUUUUAAAGACUUCGGAAUUUCAUUCAUAUUAAGGGCUGGCUGAUCGGUUAAUUCAUAAAUAGAUUUGUUCAUUCAUUCUGCUUGAUUCAUUCAGUCAGUCAGUCAUUUAAUGAUUUCAUUUAAAAGAAGAAUUUAUUAUUAAUACUACUGCUAUUGUUGUUUUUUACAAUUACUAUGAUGUAAAUUGUUUCCAUCACAACUACUGGUGUAGUUAUUUUCAAAUUAUUUUUUACGUUAGUAACUAAGUAGUAGUGGUAGUAGUGUAAUUUAUUUUGUAAUUACUUAGUAUGUUUUUUUCAAUUCCUAGUUUGAAUUCUCAUUCAUUCAGGAAAUGUUAGUAUUAAAGUUAUCGUUUUGUUGAACUUUA